AUGAUGUUUUUCGAUGGAGCAGCACGCAAAGAUGGUGGGGGUGCCGGUGUUGUAUUUGUCUUGCCACAAAGAGAAAUCCUCACAUACUCAUUUUCCUUGAUUGAGCUUUGCUCUAACAACAUGGCGGAGUACCAUGCUUUAAUCAUUGGCUUAGAAAUGGCUCUUGACUUGGAAAUCCACUACCUCACAGUCUAUGGGGAUUCGAAAUUGGUAAUCAACCAAUUGAAGACAAAGUAUGAGGUGCGUAAGGAUGACUUAGUUUCCUAUCACCAUUAUGCAAUCCAAUUACUAAAAGAGUUCGAGCAUGCUACCAUUAAACAUGUACCCAGAAGCGAAAACAAGCAAGCAGAUGCCCUUGCCAAUCUAGCAGCAGUCUUAGCACUCGUGGAUGAUGAAGCAACAACAAUACCCGUUUGUGCACAAUGGGCUCUCCCCCCUAAGUCACCUCAAGAAGAGAUAGAGCAAGAAAGCAAUGUAGCUUCUAUAUUCACUAUAGAUGUUGAGGACUAG